AUGCAAACGUACAACCGCACUGAUAUACUCCUCAAGCUCCUCAACCAUUAUCAGGCUGUGCCUCACCUGCAGUGCAUCAUUAUAGUGUGGAACAACCCUAGCGAGUCGCCGCCCAGGAAACUGUGGGACGCCUUCGGCCCACACCCUGUGCCCGUCAUCUUUAAAGAGCAGAGCGUCAACAGAAUGCGCAAUCGCCUGCAGCCGCACACUGAGAUCAAGACUGAUGGUAGGUAUUCAAUGAUCCUGGUGGGUGCAGCGUUCUUCCAUCGGCGCUUCCUGCAGCUGUUCCAAGAGCAGCCGGGUGAAGUACAACUGGUGGACCAAACGCAGAACUGUGACGACAUCGCCAUGAACUUUGCCGUGGCACGUCAACUCUCACAGGUGUCCGGACUCAAGCGGGCCUCCGGGGUGUUCGUGAAGCCCGUAGACAUGCGGAAUCUGGAGAAGGAAGCCAGCAGCGGGUAUGUGGGCAUGUGGCACAGAGCGGAGCACAUGCUGCAGCGCUCCUACUGCCUCAACAAGCUGACACACAUCUAUGGGAACAUGCCGCUCCGCUAGUCCAAUAUCAUGAUCUCCCAGUUUGGCUUCCCUAGCUAUGCUAAUCACAAGAGCAGGAUAUGAUGUCAGCACAUUUGAGAGACAGACAGGUACAGUCUCAAUUAUGAGAUAUUGGAUCAUCUUUUUUGGACAAAUCAUCUCAAAAUGUACACAAUCUCAACCAAAACCCUUUUGUCAAAAGUUUGACUGAAUUUUGAAAUUCACUGAUGGUUUUAUCUG